AAUCAGGUAGCGCUUUCCUCAUAAAUAUGAAGACUUCUAUCCCUGUCAUCACGUCCAAGAAUAUGGUUACUUGCCCUUUAAAUGUAUUCUCCCGCGUUUUGUAAUAGGGUCGUAGUUCAACGGAAGUACGGGUCGUAUCCGUAUUUAAAGGCGCCAACAAAGCCUAAUUCAGGAGCAGCUUUAUAAACCUGACAUCUUUUUGUGUGCUGCGGCAUACAGCAGUCAAUACAGAAUUACUUUAUUUGCCAACACUAAAAUGCCAGAGGAAACAGCAGCUGCUUCAACUACUGAAAGUAUGGAGGAGAAACCUUGCUCGUCAAGUGCCCCAGACAGUCUUUACAUCUUUCAGUUCCAAUGUAAUUGAGGAAGCAAAGAAGCUGAUUGGCACAGGCAACCGGCACUUGGUGAUGGGUGAUGUUGUGUCUGCAGUCAGUGUGUUCCAGGAGGCUUGUGCCACGUUAGCUGAAAAGUAUGGAGACACUGCUGAUGAGUGUGGGGAAGCUUUUUUCUUGUGUGGGAAGGCCCUUCUGGAGCUUGCCAGGAUGGAGAAUACAGUGCUUGGUAAUGCUUUGGAGGGAGUCCCAGAAGAGUCCUCUGAAGAGGGAGAUAAACCGAACGAUUCCCAGAUUGAGAGUGCAGACAACUUGGAUGAGAAAACCAGAGAUGAGCUUCGGGUGCAGGUUUAUGAUGCUAUGUCAGCGGACAAAGCCAGUUCAGAGGUAGAGAAAGUGUGGGAAGGUGAGCAGGAAGUUGAAGACCAGGACAAGAAGGUUAAUGCACCAAAGGAAGAUAAUUCAGUAUUGCCUAAAACUGAGGAGAAACCUGCUGAAAAUGGGAACACAUCUGAUGAAAAUGUGGAGAAACCAGCUGAAAAUGAGAACAAACCUGCAGAAAAAGGAACUCCUGCUGUAAGUGAGGUCAAGAAGUCGAACAGUGUAGCUGAAGGAGCUUCCGAGAAGAAUGUCAUCGUGUCGGAUGGAUUAACUGACAAGGCUGAGAAAGAUAAGAGCACGGAUGAGCAAAAUGAGACUGAUGAACCUAUGGAAGAGGGUGGAGUUUCUGAUGAUGAUGAUGAUGAUGAAGCUGAGGAUGAUUCAAAGGAUAAGGAGAGUGAGGAGGAAGUUGGAAACCUGCAGUUGGCCUGGGAGAUGCUGGAGGUUGCCAAGGUUAUUUAUAAAAGAAAAGAUGACAAGGAAGAUCAGCUAAUGGCUGCACAGAUCUACCUGAAACUUGGAGAAGUUGGUGCUGAAUCAGGUAACUACAGUCAGGCUUUAGAGGACUUCAAUGAGUGCUUAGCCCUGCAGCUGAAGCACCUUCCCUCUUCUAGUCGUCUUUUGGCUGAGACCCAUUACCAGUUGGGCACAACUUACGGUUACACAGCCCAGUAUAGCCAAGCCAUCGAGCACUUCUCCAACUCUAUCAAAGUCAUCGAGAGCCGUCUCGCUAUGCUUCAGGAGGUGAUAGACAAGGCUGAGGGUGAAGAGGCAGCACAGGAGGAGAAGAGCGAACUAGAAGAGUUGAAACGGUUACUACCAGAAAUUACUGAGAAGAUCGAAGAUUCUAAGGAGAGCCAGAGGACAGCAGCUACAGCAUCUGAGGCCAUCCAUCAGACCAUUGCAGGAGCCUCUACUUCAUCUGCUUUCCCAUCUGAAAGUGCUGGGCCAUCUUCAAAUGGAGCUAGUCAGAUUGUGGUGAGGCCAGCUGAUGGUGCUGCAUCCUCAAAAUCUGCAUCUGACAUUUCUCACCUUGUCCGCAAGAAGAGGAAACCAGAUGAGGAGAGUCCAAAAAUGGACAGUGAUGCUAAAAAGACUAAACAGGAGACCUCAGUUAAUCGCAGCGGUGACUCUGCCCACAACGGCAAUGGAGUCCAGCAGAAAAUGGAACAGGAGCCAGCAAAUUCUUCCUCUGUGGAAACCUCUACAUGAUUGGCCUCUCUUGACUGACCACUUACCUUCCAACCAGCAGAGCAUGCAUGCCUCAAAGCAUUUUUGUUUUGUAAAUAAAACCAGUUUUCUUUGUCCAAUUUUUGUAUAAUUGUAUCUUUCAAUAAAGAAUAUUUGCAUA